AGUGAGGCACAAACAAGUAGGAUACGACUAUAAAACUGAACUAUAAAAAAAUGAGGCGCAACAAAUAUUAAUAUGGAUAACAAAAUUCAAAUUCAAAUAUUUUAUUAUUUCAGACUACAGUUGGUCCAUGGGUUAGUACAAAUGAAAUAUAACUUAUGACUAGUGUUAAUAACGUCAGGGUCUUGUCCGGAAAGAAAUCAUUAUAAUCAUUUUAUUGAUGAGAAAAAGGGGGGUAAACCCUUCUCCAAAAGGCUUUGCGGCACCUAUACAGGGUGGAAACGAUAAGUGAUCUCACUCGAUUAUUUCUAAACUGUACUAGAUAUCGAAAAACUGGUUACUGAUCCUGAAAGUGCUUCACGAGCUCUUUCAAACGGUACCAAUAAUAGGUUAAAGAAUAAACUGAAGCUAUUCGAUAAUUCAAUGUUUCCAGCUUCAAAAUUACAUACAUCGUAAUCGGAGCCUCAUCAAAUAAAGUUAUGAUUUAAUUGACCAUAAAAGUCCCCACAAGCCUUCGUAAGCUCCUAUAUGUAGUACCUAAAGGUAUUUUGGUAUGUACGUAUUUCGGUACGGUGUCUAGGCCCAUUAGAUACUAGUAAUUUACUUAAUCACAUUGGUAAAAAGAUUAUUUUCUUAUCAAUAGUCCCAUCAAACCAACGUUUCAGAAAAGACCAUUAUUUAGACUAUUACUUUAAAGGGUUGAAAUUAGUGAAAUAAUUGCUGAGCAAUUAAAUUAAAACUCAAUAAUUCAACUGAAAUAAUAGAGUACCAGAAAUUACAAACUAUUCUCCAGCGUUUUCAGUAUCAGGAACUUGCUAUUUACGAUACACACAGUCACUUCGAUACCGUUCAGCAGGGUCUCUCAUCCAUAUAAGUACAUUGAAGUGGACAUUAUAUUAGCUAAAUCGUAUUUAAUCUAACAAUGAACACAAGAGUUAGAGAAUAUGUACCCAAAAAUUACAUAAGUUCAGGUCUAUACAAGUCAUUCGCGUCGUUCUGCUUUCUUCAAAUGAUAAUGGGCUCGUGUCGAGUGGACACGAGAAAUAGAUAUGUGACCCAUCCGUCGUCAUACCAAAAAGCAUUCUCUAUAUUAAUUAUAAUCUCAACUGGAUGCAUGUACGCCAUUGGUCAAGUUAAUUACAUAACUCGAUACAGAGACGAAUACACCCUGUAUCUCCUUGGCUCAACGCUUUUGAUAUCACAUUACACGUGCUACGUUAUAAAUAUAUUGCAACUAAGAUUCUUUAACAACGAUACAAACGUCAAAUUCGUCAUCAAAAUGCAAGAAAUCGACCGUUUAAUGAAAAUAGAUCGAAAUAAACGUUUCAAUGACAUUUUACGCAAAUUGAACAAUGCUGCGGUAUUGUUCCUGUUGUUUGCGUUUUCUUUAUACGUAGGAAGCGCCGCUUACGGUGCCAGUUCGGGAACGGCAGUGGUUUUGACAGCCGCGAGUGGUAUUGGUGAAAGUAUAAUGUUAGCAGAUCUGGUACUAUGUUCGAAUAUAAUCCAAUACUUUAUUAUGCGAAUUCGUUUUGUGAAUUCAAUUAUCGCCAACCACCUGAAGGAACACUGUGCAUUAGAGACACAAUUUGAGCACUGUUUUAAAUUCAACAUUUUUAUGAGAAAACUGGCAGCAAAAACACACGAUUUUAGAUCGUGUAACACGGACGUGUACAUAAAAGAAAUUAUGAAAGGAUUUUACCAAUUUAACAAUCUUUACCAGUCCCAGGAAACCUUCUUAAUAUUGCAGAAAUUAGAAUAUGUGGAUAUAGUAAUUAUGACAGGGUUCUUGGUCUCCAACGUCGUAAUGGCUGUGCUGAUGUGCACUCGAUGUGAAAUAUACACGAAAGAAAUAAAAGAAACCAAGAACCUGUGCAUAGCUGUCAUGUCUAUUUAUGUGGAUGAUGGUCCCCUAAGAGCAAAAUCCAAGGAUAUGCUGCAUAUUUUAGAGGCCAAGCCGCCAAAGUUCGUCGUGUAUGACAUAUGGGAGAUCGAAGCAGCGUUUAUAAUUCAUAUCUUGAGCAUUGUAACGGCUGUAAUAGUAACCCUUCUGCAAUUAGCCUUUCUGUAGUAUUAUUGAUUAGCAA